UUUUUUUUUUUUUCUCUUUCUCUUUUUCUUUAUCAACUUUGUCAUGAAACACCUUUCAUUAACUCUCGCCUUGGGUGUAUUAUCUUCCUCUAUGAGUGUCAUGGCACGCUCAUCUGUUUAUUUUACACCAAUGAUACAACCAAUGGAUUCCAUUCCUGAAGUAUCAUUGAAUACUUUCUCUACUUGGAUGGCACAUAUGACGGGGUCUAGUGAAAUACAUUCUGUCUUUCAUUGGAAAGAUAAACAUCGACAAGAAGCUUUGGAAGGUAUACAAACUUUAUGGUCUCAUCCUACUUUUAGAGAAAUGGUUUCUGGUGAUAUUUUCGAACCUUUGACAAACUCAAAAAAGUCCAUGGUUAUUAUUGAUGGAGUCGCUCAUUCUAAAGAUAUUUUACCUAAUCGGCAACCUUCUCUUUAUGUUGAUGAUAAUGAUGCCCAAGAUUUUAUGGAUGUGGCUCUGGAUACCAUGGCUUUAUACGCUGACAAAAAUGCUGAAACUCAAAAGAUUGAAAAUGUGGACGACACUGUGGAUACCAAUCUUAACGAAAUUAUCGAUUCUUUCAAAACUCAUUAUGAAUCUUUGGUAGAUACCACUGUAUUUGAUUCUAACAACAAGGCAGAUCGAACAUUUAUGAUCGAAAUGGAAAAGAUCCGAGGGAUGACGAACAAGGAUUUUAACGUGGUUCGAUUGACAGGAUUGAAACAACUUGGACAAGAACAUGGUAUUAAUUCAAACGUAUACAGAGAGGCACAACAAGUGGUACAACAAUUGAUCAACAACGAUAUUGAACAACAACAAAAAGAAACAAUGACAUUGAUUAUGACACCUUGGACGAAUACAAUGGAAAAACGUGCAGUACCUGAAAAGAUCAACGCUGUCAGUGAUUUUCAACUACUCUUCUGGACUGGUGUUUUCUUGGUAUUAGUGACUUCAGGUGUAUUGACGUUUGUCUAUAGAUUGGGUAGUGUGGAUACUGGUAAUGUGGUCAUGACUUCUACUCUCCCCAAACAAGAUUAGUUUUAGUUUUAGUUUAGCCUUUUUUUUUUAUUAUUAUUAUUAUUAUUACUGUUAUCUUUGUGAUGAAUAAAUGGAAACUUGUUGUCAAUGA